UCCGGUCCGCUCGGGUUGGUUGCGCCGGACAGUGGCGGGCGCAGCGUCCCGGGCGCCGCUGUCUCCUCCUCCGCGGUCGCUGUCCCGGCGAGCCCCGUGAGCGAGCCCAGCCCCCCUCUCCCCCCGGCUCCGGGGCGCGGAGCGGAGCCGCAGCGGGACCAUGUCGGCCAAGGACGAGCGGGCCAAGGAGAUUCUGAGGGGAUUCAAGCUAAAUUGGAUGAACCUUCGGGAUGCAGAGACGGGGAAAAUCCUCUGGCAAGGAACAGAAGAUCUGUCUGUACCUGGGGUGGAGCAUGAAGCUCGAGUUCCUAAGAAAAUUCUGAAAUGCAAAGCCGUGUCUCGGGAGCUAAACUUCUCCUCAGCAGAACAAAUGGAAAAAUUCCGACUGGAACAGAAAGUUUAUUUCAAAGGGCAGUGUCUAGAAGAAUGGUUCUUUGAAUUUGGCUUUGUGAUCCCUAACUCCACAAACACUUGGCAGUCCUUGAUAGAGGCAGCACCAGAAUCACAGAUGAUGCCAGCUAAUGUUUUAACUGGUAACGUUAUUAUAGAAACAAAGUUCUUCGAUGAUGACCUCCUUGUAAGCACUUCCAGAGUGAGACUUUUCUACGUUUGAGAUAAGGGGGCUUUUGGGGGCUGUUUUUAGUUUUCCUCCGUACAGUUCUUGGUGCAGAACCCCUUGCCUAUCCAGUGGAAGACUCUUCCUGUAGGUGUGAGCCUGGGGACCAGCUCACCGGGGGUUGUGACGUUUGCCCAUCAGUUAUUUGGUUUUCCCCUACGACCAAACCCAACCCUGAGAGACGCAACCAUCAGCUCAGUGAUGGGGGGAAAUAAAGACUCUGUAAAAAUGGUUGUGCAGAACCAAUACUGUAAAUUAUGUUAGUUUCAUCCUUUGUACUUCUCUGGAUCUUGGUAAGUAAUCACUCAUUUCCACUUGCACCUUCUCUCGGCACUUUGUUUUGGAUUAAGUUCACUUUUUCCUUUCCCAUGUUUAGUUUUUAUGCUUUCUCUGGAUUUCUGUGUAGUGGUCUAUACAUUCUCAUAUCCUAAACUUGUAAAAUAGUCUGAUAUUACAUAAUGUAAUAAAAGCAAAUUUCUGAAUUAAAACAUUCGUACCGUCCAAAGAA